AUGACCAACCCAACAGGUUCGAGCAUGCUUCAAGACAUACGCUUUGAUGCUUUGAUGCAAAGAAAAAUAGUCUCCCUUUCUCCUACGGUUGUUACUUGUGGGUGUCUUGUCGCUAGGGAGACUGCAUGUUCCUUGGAGGCCCACAAGUCCUUUCUCCAGAGUUCGAACUCUAAAGUCAUCCCUGCGGUGCGACUUGUCAGCUGGGCGGGUGGGAAAAAAAACAAAGAUGAGGAAGACCCGCCACACUGUCGGUUUUUUCGGGUAUACCAGCUAGCAUGCCUGGCGAUGGCCUAUGGCAGUUGCAAUGAAAGCCCGAUGCUUUCCAUUUCGGUUUGCUUUGCUGGGGAACAGUCAUCUCUGGCGAGGUCCAGCAGAACCCGGUUGGUAAGUCUUGUCAUGCAGAAUGCUUGUAGCCGGGCUCUGUGCCUGGAUGGCAGCGACAAGCGUGCGGGAAAGUGA